AUGCCGUCGAAAAUGGAAGACGGUUCCUUGUUAACUGUGGAGAAUUAUGAAAGCAUGUGGAGAUUGGCUCUGCCCAUGGGAAGUAACAGGGAUCAUCCUUACUCGAAUCCUCUCACAAAAGGGGAAAGAUUGUGCACUCUGGAGCUUCCACCAGUGCUGUGUGCUAUUGGUGGGCGUGAUAUACUGAGAGAUAAAGACUUGGAAUACUGUGAGGCUCUCAUGAAAUGGGGGAAACAAAUUGAGGUGCAUAGUUUCGCCGAGGAAGACCACGACUUCACUAUCAUGAAAAUGGAAGGCCAAAGCUCGCUCCAAGUCCUCGGCCUCAUCGCUGACUUUGUCAAAUUAAAUGUUGCAUGA